AUGUCAGCUGAAAUUAUUGUUAAAAUGAAUAAGAGCUCUAGGCCUCCGCCACCGGUACCGCCGAGACCUUCUAAGAGUUUGAUUAAAGAAGCUUUGGCGAAAACAAGACAGGCUCAUGGAAAUUACGUUGUCAGUGUUACAAAACCGCAAGCCCCUACACCACCAAUCCAACCGCCCAAAGAAUUUCAAAAUAAACGAUUAAUCAUCGAUAAUACUAGACCGGUGAUCUACCAAUCGGAAAAUUGCAAAUCGCGAUCGAUUUGUUCAGAUAUAACAAACAAAUCAGAAAUAAAUAAUGUAUUGAAAAAGUUUGAAGAUAAUUUACGAAAAUCCGAUGUUGAAAAAGUAUCGGUGGCUGAAACCAAAGACGAAUUGAAGCAAAUAGAAAGCGAUAACGACGAAAUUAAGUCAGUCAAUGAGACGGAAAAUCAAUCGGCACUAUGGGAAUGUGGAUUCAAUGGAAACAAUGUUGCGGAAAUAACAAAAUCUGAAAACGAUGAAGUUUCAUCAAGCACAUCGUCAUCUAAUGACUCCGUUAAUAACUGUUACCGAGAAAAAGCAUGGAACGGUACACUGAACAGAAACCACGUAAAUACUUUGAUAGACGAAAUGUUUGCUUCAGUUUUAGAAGUGAAUUUAAGCAAUAAUUCAUCUUCGACAGAAAGCAUUACAAAUAAAAACACAACUGUUAUAGUGAUUAAUAAUAAUGAGCAAACUUUGGAUAAAAAAGUACAAUUCAAUGAUCGUCAGAAUCAUGAGUUUUUAAUAAACGAACUGCAAAAUAUGAAAAACGAUGAGAAAAUUUUAAAAAGGCAACGCAGGUCGCCUUUGAAUCACUUCGAAGACGAUGCUGACAGAAUACAAAAAAAUGACUGGUACGGCUUGAAUGAAGGCAAAAAAGUCAGAAUGUCGAGUUGUAGUAUAAAAAUUGAAGACGAGGAUAAUGAUAAAUAUCAGAAGAUGAAGAAUUUGUCUAGUAGUUAUGGCUUGCCUCCACUUCCUAGUUCAUUAUCAGGCUUUAAGUUUAUUAUGGACACAAGUGACCCAAUAAAAACCAUUGAAAAACCACCAGAAGUUGUUGAUGAAAAUUCAACUGAUGGGCAAAUAAUGAAUUUGGAAAAACAAUUAUCCAUAUUGAGACGAGAAAUGGAUAGUUUACGUGAACAGGACUUGUCUCUACUGUCCAAAUUGUGGUUUCUCAACGAGUCAAUACAAGAUUUCCGUCAGAUGUUGCAAGACCAGGAUCAAGAUGACAAGGUUUUAACAAUGUGUCCUUCGCCUACACCUUCUAGUAUUGAAGAUGAAGAUUUUUAUGUUAUAUCGACUUCAACGUGUUAA